CUUAACUUGCCUCAACAGGAUCACCUAUUGUCUUGCAGUUUUCAACUUAUUCCUUGUACAGAUGAAAACUGCCAAGUGCUAAUCAGAAGGAAAGAAUUAGAAGAUCACAUGAACGACACAUGCCAGUGGAAGAAAGUUUUUUGUGAUCACUGUAAUGAGCCACGGCCAAAGUGCCAGUUACAAGAACAUGUUAACAGUUGCGCGAGAAAACCGCUGGAAUGUCCAAACAGCUGUGGCGAGACCGUCGCCUACGAGGAGAUUGAAAAUCAUAUUAAAAACGACUGUCUGCUGACCAUGGUCUCUUGUCUGUACGAAAAAAUGGGCUGCACUACAAAGCUUCAGAAAAAGCAACUUGAUUCUCAUCUAGAAUCUGCGGUAAGACUCCAUCUUGACUUGGCUUGUGUAAAGUUGAACGCCACUGAAGAAAAGGUUAAAAAGUUUGAAGAAACAAACACCAAACUAGAGCAUAAAAUCGAGGAGCUCCAGAGGAAGUUAGAAGAGGAAGGGAAAGCCCAAGAACGACUGACAAGAGAUCAUAAGUGGCAGUUGCGUGAUUUAGAUAGAAAAAUUUCAAAAUUUAAAGAAGAAUCGCAACCAUAUGUCUGGAAGAUCGAAGAAUUUAGCGAAAUUUUUCACCACGCAAAGGGGCCUACGGAAAGGGAAUACGCGUUAGAGAGUGGUUAUUUUUUUAGUGGUCCAAAUGGCUAUAGGCUUAAGGCACUUUUGUAUCCCGAUGGUACAAAUGAUGGAAAAAAUACCCACCUAUCUGUGUUUUUUUGUGUAAUGAGAGGUAAAUACGAUGCUGUGUUACCCUGGCCCUUUCAGAAGACCGUUACAUUUACGUUAAUUGACCAAGAAAUAGGUGAAACCCACGGAAAUAAUAUUGUCUGCACGAUUGACACCGCUCACAAAUUUGAUAAUGAUGCUUUUUCCAGGCCAACGUGGGAAAGUAAUUCUGGGUAUGGUUUUCCUGAAUUCAUAUCACACGAAGAUCUAUUCGAUGGAUCCUACAUUGUUGAUGAUACUUUAUUCCUUAAAAUUCAGGUUGGUCCCCCAUCGAAUUUCGGAUGUGUGUGGGAAUGAAAGGUGUUCUAAGUUAACAGCGUGUUUUAAGUCUUAU